GGGACUAGACAUGGCCCAGACCUUCAGCCUGCAGAGCUCCUCCAUCCCCUCUGGCCUUUGCCACCAGCAUCUGAGCGGGGCUGCAGAGGGCCACGUACUAGAAAGCCACGAGCACAAGACCAGACACCAAACACCUCUAGCAGAUGCCAAGAGGCAGGAGCAGCUUGCUCGGCUCCAGACUUCCACAGGCUCCCACGCCCACCUGCCCCCAGAGGAAGCCGGUGACGCAGGCAGAGCUGCCCAGAAGGAGAAGCUCCAUGCAGAGCUGAAGCGGGUUUUGCAGGAGAAGGGGGGCAGCCAGCCCAGUUCUGGAGAAGCAGAGGAGAGGAUGGAGGCACAUCUCCGCGCAAUGGAGAAGACAAUUGAGGCAUCUGAACUCUUGGAGGUCAUUGUGGAGACAGAGGCAGAGGCUGGGGUCAGCGGCAUGAGUGUGGCUGGGGGAGGAAAGGAAGGCAUCUUUGUCAAGGACGUGUUGGAAGGCUCCCCUGCUGCCCAGGCCUGGAGCCUCAGAGAAGGUGACCAGCUCCUGAGCGCCAGGGUUUAUUUCGACAACAUGAAGUAUGAAGACGCCCUGCAGAUCCUCAGGAGUGCAGAGCCCUACAAGAUCUCCUUCUGCCUGAAGCGGACUGUCCCCAGCACAGACGUCAGGCGGAGUCCUGGAGCGCCCACCUUCGAAGUGAGAGGGCCGAAAGCCAAAAUGGCCAAGCUGAGCAUCCAGAGCUUAACCUCACUGAAGAAGAAGGCAGCUGGGAAGAGCGUGGCCCAGCGCCUGGGAGAGGCCAAAGGCUGGAGCCCCCAGGAGCCAGUGGGGAGCAAGCAGGAGGGGCCGCCGGUGGACGUGGAGUUCUCCUUGCCCCUGUUCUCCAAGCUGCGCAGGGCCAAAAGCACAGGGGAGGUGGCGGUGGCCCGGCCCAGCCCAGAGCGCUCUCCUCUCCUCUCCUCUCUGGAGUCAAAGCGCCGCAAGCUCAAGCUCCCCCGGCUGAGAGUCAGAGAAGCCCUGGCAGCGAGGGCAGGGGGGGUGGAGGGGCGGCUGGACAGGGUCCUGCCCAAGACCGCCACAGAACAGAAAGCCGCUGCCAGAGAAGGCAUAGGGGGGAAGGUGUCCAAACUCACAGCCCCUUUCUCCAGGGGAAAGAAGCCCAAGGAGGAGGGAGGGGCCAAAGGGGAAGCUGGAGUCCAGGUGCCGCAGGUGGAACUUGACCUCUCCCUGCCCACAGUUGGGCCCAGCGGGGAGUCUCCCAAGGCCGGUGCCAAACACGAAGGCUUUCCAGUCCAAGUCCUGCCUCUUGGAUUGCCCAAGGUGGAGAUGGCACUGCCCACAGGAAGCCCCGUGGGGCUGGAAGCCCCUGAAGAGAGUUUCCCAGCCAGGCUGAAGCUCCCCACAGCUGAAGUGGCAGUCCCCAAGGUGGAGGUAGGCCUGCACCUUCCCAAAUUGGAGGGCACUGCCCCAGAAACCACCCUCAAAGGGGAAGGAUUCCAGUUCAAAGUCCCCAAGGUGGGGGUCUCCACUGAAGAGACAGAGAGGAAGUUGGCCCCUCUUGGUUUUGUCUUGGGAAAAGGAAAAGACCGAGCCAGCAGACAGGAAGAGAAGGUGGCGGUGCCGUCCCUGGAUGUGAGGCUCCCUUCUGUAGACCUAGAGAUCCCUCUGCCCAGGAGGAAGCCAGAAACUGAGACACCCAAGCCAAAGAUGGAGGUCCCAGACGUCUCGAUAAAGGUGCCCACGCUCGGCUUACCCAAGCUGGGUUCCAAACUCCAAGAAGAGGAGGAGAGCAGAAUGCCCCAAGUGGAACUCUGCGUGGGGAAACCUGAAAGCCCCAAGGCAAAAGCCAAGAGCCCCCGAAGCCAGGCCCGAGGUUUUGGAAUUGCCCUGAUGGAGGGCAAGUCAGAGAGCAAAGAGGCUCCUGUGGGGCCAGCCGACAGCAAGAUGAAAUCUCCAGGCCUGACGGUGCCAUCCCUUGAUGUGCAGCUUCCAAAAGCCUUGGUGGGGCUGGCAGCCCCCGCCCCAGGUGCGAAGGCUGAAGAGGCUGUGGAAGGGCCUCGGUUCAAGAUCCAGAUGCCCCACCUGUCCCUCCCAAGAGGCAGCUUCCCUUCCAAGGCCAUGCCCUCCCCACCCCAAACCCCUGCCCAAGUGCCAAAGCCCGAAGGCAGUGCUGGGGUCCCAGCACUGGAUCUGUCCUUGCCAGCGGCAAAGUGGGUGGAAGUGCCGCUUCCCAAGGGACACGUGCCAAAGCCAGAGUUGGAUCUCUCUGUGGGUCGGCCUCAGGUGGAGGUGGCGCUCCCUGUGGCCCGGCUGAGUUUUCCUUCAGCCAGGGCUCCAGCCCUUGAACUUGACAUGCCCAAAGUUGGGAUUGAGCUAGAUUUGCCCAAGGCCGACAGUGAGUGCUGGGCACCUGAUCAGCCAUCCAGAGAUCAAGAGGUUACGUUAAAAAUGCCCUCGCUUGAGACCCUCAGCAAAGACCUAGAGGUGGAGAUCAGUGUCCCCAGGUGCAGGGGGGACCAGCCUGACCUAGAGCCUGGUCUGGGGGCCGCGGAGGGGCCAGAGGUUGGGGCCAUCAUAGCCAGAAUCCCAAAGGUGGCUCUGGCUUUGGGGAAAGAGCAAGCAGCAGAGGUGAGCUUAGUGAGCAAGGAAGGUGCAGGAUUGGAAGGCUUAGUCACAGGUGGGCAGGUGAAGCUGCCUUCCGUUGAAGUUUCAGCCAUAAAGUUCCCAGAGGUGACCAGAGAGAGGGGCAAAUCUCAUGAGAUGGAAGGCAGGGCCAAGUCACAGAAAUUUGCCCUCCCCAAGUUCAGCAUUUCUGGCCCAAAGGUCUGGAAAGCGAGUGCCGAGCCAUUUGUGGCACAGGUGGAAAGCCCGGAGGCUGCAGACAAAGGGUCAAAGUUGAAGAUGCUGAAGUUUGGAGUUUCUUUCCCCAAAUCCAAAUGGGGGGGAGAGGUAGAGGGCCCCAGGCCAGCUGAGGGGGGGAAAGGGGGGACUCCCAAGGAAAGGGCACGGGCUGCAGCAACGGGUGCGGAGCCCCCAGAGAGCAAGGUGAAGCUUCCCUCCGUAGCACUGCCCCAGGUGGAUGUGCACAUCGGCCUGCCCACAGGGAAAGCAGAGACCGCCUGCGAAGGGGACCCCAGCCCACGGCCGGCGCUUGGCAUAGAGCUUCCAGAUCUGAAGCAGAAGAUGCCAAAGUUCUCAUUGCCCAAGUUUGGGAGCAAAAGUAAGGAGAGUGACGUGGAGCUUGAGACGGGGGAGGCCAAACCAAGUAGGAGCAGGGAGGGCCUGGCAGGAGCACGGGGGGCAAAGAGCUCCGGGAAGGAGGCCGGGGCCAAGGCCCCCAAGUCCAAGAGGUCGUUGUUCAGCACGGCCCGCCGGGACCCAGAGGGGCUGAGCCCAGCAGCUGACAGCAAAACCAAGAAGGGGCCAGAGAGUCCCAAGGAGAAGCCAAGGGGCCCCUCAGUCAAGAUGCCCAGUCCCAUGGCAGGGGCGGGCCAGGCACGCAUCCCCCAGGUGGAGCUGCCCAAGAUUGGCCUCCCUGUGGCCAAAGCAGAAGAGGCUCUGCUCGUGGGGUCCGAGAGCCCUGGCCUCCAGGUCAGAGUCCCCUUGCUGGAGAUAGCCAUGCCUGGCGCUACAACCAAAGGAGAGACAGCUCUGGGGGAGGCCUCGGGGGCAGCCAUAAAGAGCCAUGAGGGAGAACUGACAAUUCCCAAAGCACCUUGUCUUGGCAUUUCUGCCCCCAUAGUGGAGUUGGACCUUAGCCUGCCCACAGCUGGGGCAGAGGCCCCAGUGCCACAGGGAGCCACUGGUGCAGAUGCCAAGAUCAAGCUGCCGCAGGUGGAGCUGCCGAAGUUUGGGAGCGGGGAGGGAGCAGAUGUGUGUUUGCUUGGAAGGGGAGAAGAGCAAGAAACUGCAGGCACCUCUACCCUGGGCUCCAAGAUCCAGCUGCCCAAAGUGGGCAUCACCUUGCCCAAAACACAGCUUCCAGGGGUUGAGCUGCACCAGACAGAGGGAGAAGGGGCCCCUGCAGGGCCUGGGGGCGUGUUCAAGAUGCCUUCCGUGGGGCUACCCAAGUUCUCCACCCCUAAAGGGAAAGCCUCGGAACAAGAGCCUGCAGGGAGCCUGGAAGCCAGCCGGAUGCUGCCCACGGUCCCGCUCAGCAGUCCUUCUGUCAGGCUUCCCAAGUCGAGGGCCUCCAGCUCGGGUGGGGAAGGGGAGGCAGAGACGGGCCUGCCCCAGCUUGAGCUGAAAGUCCCCAGACUCAUAGGAAGCACCGAGAUGAUGCUGGGCACAGAAACGGGGAGCAAGGGGGGCCCAGUCAAGGUGCCUCCUCCACUAACUAGCUUUGGCCUUUGCAAGGCAGAUGGGGAAGUGGAGGCAGGAGCUAUGGGGGAGGUGGCUGCGUGUGGCCCUCCUGACAGCAAGUUCAAGCUGAAAAUCCCUUCCCUGGGCCUCUCCAAGGCUGGCAUGGAGCCCAGGACCGACACCCAGCCCCUCUGUCCUUCUCCCAAGGAAGGCGAUGUCUCCUUCCAAAUGCCGCAGAUCGCUCUUCCGGCUGUGGGGUUCUCUGUGGAUCAAGAUGGUAAGAGGGAAGCCAAAGUAGAAGCAGGGAAACGGGCAAGUGCCGAAGGUCUGGAAGUAGAGGGGUUUGAGGGCAGGUUGAAGAUGCCUAAAAUCAAGAUCCCAGCAUUGGGCAUGUCAGUCCCCAAGGGAAGCCAGGGCACCGCAGCUCCCCAAAGCCCUGGCAGCUCAGGGCUUGAGGGGGACCCAGAUGGGAAGAAAGCCACUUUCAUGGUGCCUGGCAUAGAGCUUUCCACACCGACCCUUAAAGCUCACGCUGAGUAUGAAGUGGAGGGGGCCCAGCUCUGGCAUGGAGGCUCCCAGGAGUUGGAAGUGGCUGGCCGAAGAGCCCAAGCUGGCAGCGAUGGCCACAAGAGCCCUGGAGGCAAAGGAGAGGCCUCCGAUACUGCAGCAGGGAAGAAGUACAAGGUGAAAAUCCCCAAGUUUGGACUGUCCUUGCCCAAAGCAGGAGAAAGUGUUCCGGGGCAGGACGCCGAAGCCAAGGUCAAGAGACCCAUCUUUGUGCUGGCAAGGCCCAAAGGGAAGGGGGCAGAAGGCGCUUCUGGUCUCCUGGAGGGAGAUGAGGAAACAGACAGCAAGGGGGCGGGGGGCAAGUUCAAGCUGAGACCCACAGUUGGACUGUCCCUCUCCGAGCUGAAGAUGGGGGCAGAGGUCAACGGGGAGCUGGAGGACGGGGGGCCCGGGAAGGGCUCCUCCGGGAUGAAGCUGCCCAAGGUGGGAUUUUCCAAGGCGGAGGGGGCCCAAGUCCAUGGGGAGAGGGCUGAGGAUUCGCUGCAGAACGGCUCUCGGGGCAAGCUGGGCAAACUCCGGCUGCCCCAGCUGGGGCUCUCUUCCCCCUCUGCGCUGGCCGGAAACGACCCUGAGCUCAGCCUCCAGCUGGUGAGAACCGAUGCGGCCACGGAGGACGGCGCCUCAGGGGGCCCAGGCGGUGCUUUCGCAGCCCUCAAGUUCAAGCCCCCCAAAAUCACUUUCUCAGGCUUCAAGAAAAAUGGGGAGGCUGCCCCUGGGCCGGUGGUCUCUUCAGCGGCCCGAACGGAGAUGGCCUCCCUGGAAAGGGGUGAGGGGGCCAAGGGGGAAAAGUCCCCCAAGUUUAAGUUUCCAAAGCUAGCGCUGAGCCCCAAGCCCCAUGGUGUGCUGGAAAUUACCUCCAAAGGGCAGGCCAGUCCAGAGAAGGCUAGAAGGGGUGCACCAGAGGGGCUGAAUGUCCAGUUGCCCAGGGUGGGCUUCUCUGAGGAGGCAGCGGACCCCCUGAGGGUUGUAGCCAAAGCUGAGGGUGAGGCCACAGCUGCAGUGUGAGUCUGGGAAGCCUUCAUUGCUUGCCGGGGGGGGGGGGCUUUCCUCUCAUGUUUAGCACUAACCACAAGCUGGGGGGGGCACAGCCAGAGGGGAUGGACCCCCCCCCCACUCCAAGGCGGUCCCCCUGCCUGUCCCCAGCCAGGUCUGUCUUUUUCAUGGACAAUGCAGGAGAAUGACAAUUCCUGGGGUACUUAAGCAGCUGCCCUGGGCACGUUUGCUUUCCGCUGCACAGCCUCUCUCUGGGUCACUCUUGCUUAGAAUCCCAAGGAGAAAGUUUUGUUGGUGCCAAGCUUGUGUGAAAUACUCUUUUAGGAAGCUUGUUCGCUAACCGUUGAUGAAGGUCUGUUAGAGAGACCAAGCAACCUGUCCCUGGCCCCCAUUUUCCUUUAACAUCCUUUGAGGAAAAACGAGCUUUCAGAGGAGGCAAGGGGAGAGGAGGGAGUGUUUGGCUGCGAGUAUCCAGAGGGAAGAAGACUGUUGCUCAAAGGGCUGCGAACAGGCAGCUCAGAAGAGAGCUGGUAACCGUUGCUUUGCACUGGCCGUUUCCAGCAGAGGCUGAAGGAGGGGGGGGAGCAAGUGCUCUUCUCUCCCAAGUGACAUUUGCAGACAGCGUUUGAGGGGGGGGGACAAGCAACAGUCCCCUUGUAAGGAGCCAGGCAAACCCUAGCACUGGUGGAUGGGGCCCUUCGCAUUAGCGGAAGGGGAGCUUUGCGAGGAGGUGAGGCUGGGCUGCCCCUUGGUGCUAGCAGAAGGCAAAGCUCCCCUUUUGCCCCCUUCCUAAUGGGGGCGCUUCCCUGGGAUCCCUCUCCGCCCUUUCUGAUGGCAGUUUGACCAGUGCAGCCCGUUUUUUACUUGAAGGGGCAGCAACCCCCACCCUUCUGCAAAGCGUCUAAUGGCUUGAUUUUAAAUAUGCAAUGUCGCUAGUUCCAGCCCUGCAGCUGUGAAAUCUCUCUGUGACUUCCUCCAGCUGUCUUCGCCUUGGGGAGGAAGCCUGUCGGGUGAAGAGGAGCGCUGUUCCCCAGUAGCUCAAGGGCUGCUGGGGGGGGGCGGGGGGGGCAGAAAUCCUUUCUUGUUGCUGUGAGAUGUACAGAUAUUCAGCAUUUUUUUUAACCAUGUGGCCUGCUGUGAAGGGCUUCAAGAAUUUGCCACUAAAAUUCCUAGUAACCACCUCUGCCAGAUGGUAUGCUUAAUUACUUUUUAAAAAUAAAGAUGUUCCAUAUAUCUUUGAUGCAUUCUUCCUCCACCUCGCAGUCUGGGCUUGAAUAAAACUAAUCUGUGGACUGGC